UAAAUGUCACCGGAAUCUCUGAAAGCGCCACGCCGCCUCCAUCGGCGGCAUAGCUUGUACGUAUUUUUACGAAUCGUAUUGCUGUUACGUUGCGGUACAAAACACGUGGACCAAUCAACAUCAUAAGCCUAAAAAUGAAGUCACCAGCAGCAGUAAAGAAUGGGAUUGAUCGCGCUGAUGAUGAAGCUGAAACACAAGAACUCACAUAUGAUGAACUUGUUGCUCGUGUCUCACCCAUAGCAAAUCCUUUGGCUUCAAGGAAACUCACGAAAAAAUUGUACAAAGUCAUCAAAAAAGCUAGUAAAGUCAAGAUGGUCAGACGUGGGGUAAAAGAAGUUCAGAAGUUUCUACGCAAGGGAGAGAAAGGUUUCGUGGUAUUUGCUGGAGAUGUAACACCCAUUGAAGUUAUGUGUCAUUUGCCCGGUGUCUGCGAAGACCUGGAUAUGCCCUAUGCCUAUGUACCUUCAAAAUCUGACUUGGGAGCUUCAAGCGGGGCAAAGAGGGCGACAUGCUGCAUCCUAGUGAAGAAGCAUGCAGACUAUGAAGACAGCUACAAGGAAUGCCAUAAUCUAGUGAAGGCUCUACCCCCUCCAAUCUGAGAAGAGAAGACAUUCUGGUCAUAAUAUAGGACUCGACAGAUAGAACUAUCAAGAAAUCAUGGACUCAUUCCAAGCUGAUCUCAUUGAGAUAAAAUUUGUGGAAUCAUGAUAGGAUAACAUUGAAGCAAAGUCUGAUCAUUUGAGAGAAUUCAUAAAAGUAGCAAAAUGGAAAGGACUUAUUUAUAUUUUCAUGGUCAUUAAGCUGGACUCCAUCAUUCAUGUUCCAUUCACGCCCCCGUCACAUAAAAGUUACUACUUUGAUAACUUUACCAUCCGAUGGUAACUACCAUGGUAAUAACGCUGAUCAAGAGCCAAUCAAAAUCAAGGAUUCAAUGCAAGUUACAAUUGGUUGGCAAAGUUACAAUAAUGGUAACUUUUCUGCAACGGUGCCCAGGUGUUAAAAUGACUUAACAACUUACUCUGCCUAAAUCAUUUGCAACCACAGAAAUCUGUUCGACAUGGGAGAAAUUUGACUUCGAAGAGGUAUUAUACACAUGUAUUGAAUAAUCUGGGUCCCGUCACACAAAGCUUAGCAAUUAAUCGUACGCUUGAUUUUCACGAUUGAUUGUACAUUAUAGUCAAUGGAAUCAAUCGUAGAUAAAUGUUGUACGAUCAUUGCUUAUCGUGUGUUACGGGCCCCAGGUCUAAAAGUUACUUCAAAUUGAGCAAAUAUUCAUCUUAUGGAAGGUCGACUUAGGGAGUUACCUGUCCUCGUAUUUUGCAGAACAGCUGAUGCUUUCAUAUGCCACAGUCACACAAACGAAACCGAUCCCUAAAUGACCAAUGAUAUGUCAUGGGAAAUGAUGUAUAUAAGCUUAGGUCGGUCCGGAUUAGUUUCGCUGGUGUCACUGGGGCUUCAGAGUAAAUUUUUUUGUUGUAAGUCUGUGGUGCCUUCAACAUGUUGACUACUGAAACCAGUUCGUCUGUGUAGAUUGUCUAUGGGCAUAAAAGAAUUUAGUAGUCAACAGGUUCACAAUUCUGAACCACAUUAAAAAGCGUCUUUACGCAGGAAAUCCAAGAUCCUACUCAGCGUCGUCUUUAUUACUUCUUCCAUUCUCCAUAGACAAAACAAUGGGACAAGGAAAGCCAUAGUGAAAUUAUUGUACUGUAUAUGAUCACUUAACCAUUUUCUGGUCUUGAAUUUUACUUUAUAGGGUGUAUUAUGUAUAUGGAAACACCUUUUGUAUGACAUUUACUUCUUAUCAAUAUUUUUGUUCUAAUAAAAGAUGUAACAUAUGUACAUGUAAAUAAAAGCCUGACUGGUCUCUGUUUUUUUAUUUUUAUCUAUUGUAAAGAAAUUACAGCAGAAUCAGUAGUAUUACUUGUAUUUAUAUUUUUUAUUUGAAUUAUGUCAGUAGAGGGGUAUAUAAACUGUUCUUCAUAAUUCCGAAAAUUCAAAUCUAUCCAUCAAUAAUAAUUGUAAUACACAUGGAUGAGAAUCCCUUCGGCAUUUAGCGUUGAUUAUUUUCCAUCAAGCAGGUUUUAACCAUUUUGUUGAUUAAUAAAGAGCUCUGUUGGGUGUGAAGUAUUAUUUUCAGGUGAGAUGUACAAUAUACUUGGAUUUGGUUGAGGCAUUAUGAUUUUUAGAACCUGUAAGUGUCUGUGUCGCUGCUUAUUUUGAUAUGCAAUAUCAAAAUGGCAAGAAAAGGUGAGCUAGUCCAGGGGCCUGAUUCAUAAAGGACUAGCAACUGUUGUAACUUUGCCAUUAUGACAACGACCAUGGUAACAUGGCUCAGCAGCCAAUCAAAAUCAAGGUUACCAUGGUAGUUGCCAUAGUGGCAAAGAUACAACAGUUGAACUCUUUAUGAAACGGGGUCCCUGGUCAUCAACCUGCCAUAUUUUAUGGUAUGUAUUUAUAAAGCCAUGCAUAAAUUACAUAUAGCGCAAUGGAGUGCCCUCUAUGACUGAAAACAAGUGAAGGUUCAAGAAAAGCAAAUUUCCAUGUUAAAAUGAAAUACAGUGACAAAUAUUUUGGGUACCAGUAAACUCCCUUUGUAAAGGAAUGGCAAGCUUUAUUCAGCACCAUUGCAUGUAUUGAAGCACACAAAUGUGCCAAAAAUAGCUGUAUUAAAGGACAAGUCCACACCAACAAAAAGUUGAUUUGAAUAAAAAGAGAAAAAUCGAACAAGAAUAACACUGACAAUUUUAUCAAAAUCGGAUGUAAAAUAAGAAAGUUAUGACAUUUUUAUUUUUCUCUUAAUUUCACAAAACAGUUAUAUUCACAUCCUGGUCGGUAUGCAAAUGAGGGAACCGAUGACAUCACUAUCUCUUUUGUAUUUUAUUAUUUGAAAUAUUCCAAUUUCUCCCUGUUAUACUGUGGAAAAAAGUUUAAUUCCUCCCUGAACAUGUCGAAUUACCAUUGUUUUAACAUUUUAUGGUUUAGUCAAGUUGGUCCUUAUUGUCAGAUCUGUAAAAAUUGAAAUAUUAUAUAAUUCAAACAAUAAAAAGAAGAUAAGUGAGUGAGGGA